AUUAUUUAGGUAUUGAUGUGUUCAUUGCUGUUAUUUGUUUAGGAGUGGGCGUUCGAUCGAUCGCGGCUGGGGAUAAUCAUUCAACGUUCCUCGACGAUCUAGGUCGGGUCUGGCUGUGUGGCACGUAUAAGGUGGGUAGAGCUUGGGGGAAAGUGGGCGCUCGAAUUG